CCGGAAGUUUGCACCAGCGUAAAUGCACCCUGCUGCUGACAAGGAACGACUCCUGUGACUUUUCGAACCCAGACGCAGCCUGUUAUUAGAUAGACUUUUAUUUUGCAAUAAUGGACUUAAGAUUCGAGGGACGAGUUGUGCUUGUGACGGGAGCUGGAGGAGGUCUCGGAAAAGAAUAUGCACUGGCUUUUGCUGAAAGAGGGGCUUCAGUUGUAGUGAAUGACCUUGGGUCCGACAGUAAAGGUGGCGGAAAGAGUUCUGCUGCUGCCGAUAAGGUUGUGGAGGAGAUAAGAGCCAGGGGAGGCAAAGCUGUGGCCAACUACGAUUCCGUUGAAGAUGGAGACAAAGUAAUUCAGGCAGCCCUGGAUGCGUUUGGAAGGAUAGAUGUUGUGGUGAACAAUGCUGGGAUCCUGCGUGACCGAUCAUUUCCCCGCACAAGUGAUUUGGACUGGGACCUGGUUCAGAGGGUUCAUCUGAGGGGCUCUUUUUUGGUCACCCGUGCUGCAUGGAACCACAUGAAAAAGCAGAACUUUGGCAGAAUCAUCAUGACGGCGUCAGCUGCAGGCAUCUAUGGCAACUUUGGGCAAGCCAACUAUAGCGCAGCCAAGCUGGGCCUCCUGGGUCUGUCCAACACCUUGGCCAUAGAGGGACGGAAAUACAACAUCCACUGCAACACCAUUGCUCCGGUCGCUGGGUCACGGCUCACGGAGCAGGUCAUGCCUCCAGAUCUUGUGGCGGCUUUGAAGGCAGAGUAUGUUUCUCCUCUGGUUCUCUGGCUGUGUCAUGAACAGUGUGAAGAAAAUGGAGGACUGUUUGAGGUUGGUGCUGGCUGGGCGGGUAAAUUGCGCUGGGAGCGUUCUCUGGGCAGCAUAGUAAGAAAAAAGGACCAGCCAAUGACUCCUGAGGCUGUCCGUGACCAGUGGGACGAAGUCUGUGACUUCACUAAUGCGACCAAACCUGUAUCCGUGGAAGAGUCUCUACAGUCAAUCGUGAGUGUGAUGUCUCGGGUGGAGUCGGGAGGACCGGCCGCGACUGCAACAUCCUCCUCUGCUGGGAUUGACCCUAAAGCGGCGAUUGGGCAGAAGCUUCCCCACACCAGCUUCACCAUCUCCCCCACCCAGUGCAUCCUCUAUGCGUUGGGUGUGGGAAUGUCCACCAAAGACCCUGACUAUCUCAGGUUCUUGUAUGAAGGCCAUCCAGACUUCAGCUGCCUCCCUACAUUUGGAGUCAUCCCCUCUCAGGCGACUAUGACGGAUGGAAGCCUGGGAUCCAUCCCUGGGUUCAACAUCGACCCCACUAAGAUUUUGCACGGGGAGCAGUAUCUGCAGGUCUUCAAACCUCUGCCAACGUCAGGAACCAUUGUGUCUAAAGCCACUGUGACGGAUGUGCUGGACAAAGGCUCCGGAGCCGUCCUCCUCCUGGACGUCAACAGCUACUGUGGCGACGAACUCAUCUGCUACAACCAGUGGACGGUGUUUGUGGUGGGCGCUGGAGGCUUCGGCGGGAAGAGGACGUCUGACAAGGCCAAACCUCCACUGCCUCCACCCAAGCGGGCGCCAGAUGCCGUCGUGAUCGAUUCCACCACCAGAGACCAGGCAGCUUUGUACCGUCUGAGCGGCGACUGGAACCCUCUUCACAUCGACCCCAGCUUCGCCGCCAUGGGAGGCUUCGACACGCCGAUCCUGCACGGCCUGUGUUCUUUUGGAUUCGCCGCAAGACACGUCCUCAAGCAGUUCGCCAACAACGACCCAGCCAGAUUCAAGGCCAUCAAGGUGCGCUUUGUGAAGCCGGUGCUGCCGGGCCAGUCGCUGCAGACGGAGAUGUGGAAGGAGGGGAACCGGAUUCACCUGCAGUGUAAGGUGAAGGAGACUGGCACCGUCGUGCUGGCGGGAGCUUACGUGGAUUUGCAUGACGCCCCUGAAGCUGCAGUGGAGACUCCCAAGCAGGUACUGGAGGCUGGAAGCCUUCAGAGUGAGCUGGUGUUCACUGAGAUCGGUCGCCGUAUCAAAGAGUCUGGGUCGGACCUGGUCAAGAAGGUCAACGCGGUCUUCAGCUGGGAGAUCACCAAAGACGGCAAGAACGCCGAGCAGUGGACCAUCGACCUGAAGAACGGCAGUGGCUCUCUGCACAAAGGCUCCUUCGGAGGGAAGCCGGACGUGACCUUCACUGUGUCGGACGAGGACUUCAUGGAGGUGGUGCAGGGGAAGGUGGACCCCCAGAAGGCGUUCUUCGCCGGCAAGCUGAAGGUCCGGGGGAACGUCAUGCUGAGCCAGAAGCUGCAGGUCAUCCUGAAGGAUCACGCCAAGCUGUGAGCGCCCCCUGCGGGAAGCCCUCGACCAAUCAGGACUCACAGAGGACGCCCCAAAUAAAAUGAUUUUCUUUCUGGAACUCCACUGUCCACAUAACCUGAACUAUUGCUUUCAAAAACACAACUCAUGUACACAACUUCUCAGCUGAGAGGGAACGACACCAACCAUGUAAACGGUGAACACGUCAGCUGAUGGAGCUCAGACGGUGCAGGUUCCUCCUGUCAUGGAACAACAGUUACUACUUUAUUUAGUCUUUUAUGACCAUUGCGACUCACAGUAUAGUUUAGAUUGACAUGUUUGACGGUGAGAUGAUAUAUAUAUAUAUAUUAACUGCUUAUUGAGUUUGAUGUUGAGUGUGCCAUGAUGGGAAGAUGGCACGCUCAUUUUCACAGCCCACUCUUUACAACAAUUUCAUUGGAAUUUCAGAGCGCCCCCUUAAAUGAGGCAUUGUGAAGCUGUGCAACAAGCAAUAUAAUUAUUUGUUAGUCGAUUUUAUAGAAAUGUAAUUUCAAACCAACCAUUUGCGCGGUCACAUUUUAAGUGAGCUCCGAGCGAAGUGCGAGGGUGUGUCACAGGAGCACACGUGACGGGAUGCGCCGCGCAGCUGGAGGUUGAAGUCAGAUAAAUAAAUGAAGGCUCGUAAAUGUUUCAAGUUCAGGAGCUAAAGAUUUUUCUUCAGAGCAAUAAAUGGACUUAAAAUAUUGAGGCGUGGACGUCAACUCGAGCAAACCUGAGGUCGGCCUUCUCUAUACACAAGCAGUUUGGGGCGCUUUGUCUCUGAGGAAUGUCUCCAACUGAGUGUCAACUAUUUUCACAUUUUCUGAUAAACGGUUUUCAAUAUGCUGGUGAUGUUUGAUGAAAUAUGCUAAAUAGGCUGGUUUUCUAAUUCCAAAUUUAUCAUCGCCUAAAAGAGGAUUUGUCGAGUGCUAGAUAUUUUCAUUAAUAAA